GCAGAGCAGGUGGAGUUCUGACGUCUCCAUGGAAACCAGCAGCAUUAUGGAAAAUAACAAACAAAAGCGCUUGACUGUCCUGGUUCACAUCAGUCAAUCUGACACUUUUCAUUCCCACUAAGACCUGGAUGUGGGGCUUGGCUGGACUGGGACAGACCCGCGAUGCUGUUUCCUUUUUGAGGUCUUCAAUGGACAGACGAUCCUGGACUUGGACUUGGUGAGACUCAACCAGCUGCAGCUGAGAUGGGCUGUCUGGGAGGCAAGACAGAGGAAGAACGCCUGGAUGAAAAAGCAAAGCGUGAAGCAAACAAGAAGAUUGAGAGACAGCUGCAGAAGGAGCGACAGACCUAUAAAGCUACACACAGACUGUUACUGCUGGGUGCAGGGGAGUCUGGUAAAAGCACCAUAGUGAAGCAGAUGAGGAUUCUUCAUGUUGAUGGAUUCAAUGCUGAAGAGAAGCAGCAGAAGAUUCAGGACAUCAGGAAGAAUGUGAAGGACGCCAUAGUGACAAUCGUGUCGGCCAUGAGUUCGCUGACUCCACCCGUCCCUCUUGGUAACCCUGACAACCAGUUCAGAGUGGACUACAUCAGGAGCAUUGCACCGCUGUCUGACUUUGAGUACACAGAGGACUUCUUUGAACAUGCUCAGAACCUGUGGGAGGACGACGGUGUGAAGGCGUGCUUCGAGCGCUCCAACGAAUAUCAGCUGAUCGACUGUGCUCAGUACUUCCUGAAUAGGUUGGACUCUGUCAGGAGGACGGACUACACGCCUACAGACCAGGACUUGUUGCGGUGUCGAGUUUUGACCUCAGGGAUUUUUGAAACCAGGUUUCAGGUGGACAAAGUCAACUUCCACAUGUUUGAUGUCGGAGGACAGAGGGAUGAACGCAGGAAGUGGAUCCAGUGUUUCAACGAUGUUACGGCUAUCAUAUUUGUUGCUGCCAGCAGCAGCUACAACAUGGUGAUCAGGGAGGACAACUCCACCAACCGGCUGAGGGAGUCUCUGGACCUAUUCCGAUCCAUCUGGACCAACAGGUUUCUGAAGACCAUCUCUGUGAUCUUGUUCCUGAACAAACAGGAUGUGUUGGCUGAAAAGAUUUUGGCUGGAAAAUCUAAACUGGAAGACUAUUUCCCAGAAUACAACAACUACCAAGCACCUGUUGAUGCUGCUCCAGAAACUGAGGAAGAUCCUAAAGUGACCCGAGCUAAAUUCUUCAUUAGAGACGAGUUUCUGAGGAUCAGCACGGCCAGUGGUGACGGAAAACAUUACUGCUACCCUCACUUCACCUGUGCCGUCGACACAGAGAACAUCCGCCGCGUCUUCAAUGACUGUCGUGACAUCAUCCAACGCAUGCACCUGCGGCAGUACGAGCUGCUGUGAUGAGCCGUGACCCGGUACCAAUCUGUUAUAUCGCAGACAUGUAUCUUGUAGCUAUUAGUUUACUUAAUAAUGGGAUAUUGAUUAGGGCAGAAUCAGCAGAUCUAGGUCAUGAAGGGGAUUGUGGGUAGUGUAGUUCAGACGUUUAAAUCAAUCAUGCGUGAUGUGGUUUACCUGUCGUGUCUUACAUGUAUAGUUUUUAAUAUUAUUACUUUUCUCUGAUUGGCCAAUUGCUUUUAUCAUUGUAUCAAUUUUACCUGAGAUUUGAGUGAAAGUUUCCACAUGUUUAGAAAAUUGUAGAUGUAUUUAAAGAGGAACACAGACGUCUUCCACUGCUGCUGUAUAGAUGUUAUAUUAAAGGACUGUUACGUGUA